AUGGUUACCGCACGACAACUCCGGCUCACUGUCAGGUCGGGUCUGUCCCCCCAUCAGGUCAUUGGCUACGACUCCGACGAUUACAAUGAAUUAAGUCGUUCGCCAACUAAAGCCAACAGAGCCAGGCCUACCACCACAAGGGCCAGCCCUCCCGUCCCCCCUGUUGUAAAGCCUUCAAAUGGACCGCCCGUUCCGAGUAAGUAA